GUCCCAGAAAUUUCCCCAAGCUCAUGUCUCGCGACUCUCGCAGCUCUCCAACUCCAAUCAGAAAAUCGUCAUAUCCAUCAAGAGGCGGCUCGAAACGAAAUCUAGCUAUCCUACAGCUGCCAGCCUCAAUCCCCACCCCUCUCACACACACAGACACCCGGCUCUCAGGCGCGUCGCCGUCCCCGUGUUCUUCCUCGUCGGGACAUCGCGUUCCCGCUGUCUCCACCCAGUCCGCACUUUGGUCAUUGGGGUUUCGAGGUUGUUUUCAUCGAGGGAUUAGUUAAAUCAUCCCACUGAUCUUCUCACGAGUUCCGGGUGUGCCGGUGCACAGCCGGCACACCGUCUAGAUCCCCCCUGCUGGCUGCACGCGGAAGAAGGGGAUUUUCCUGGCGCCGACGACGAUGGUGACAGUGGCGCCGCCGGUAUGGGCGUAGUGGCGCCACCGUGUCAGCCGACGACGACCACGCAAGUGAGCCAACCGAAGAGCGGCGGCGCGGCGAUCCGGCCGGCCACCGGGGCUUAUUCUAUGUCCCACUCCCAGGGAUUCCACCAGCAGGGCAGCAGCGGCGUCUACGGCUUCUCCUCCGAUGGCUUCGUCGACCGGCCGGGCUCGAGCAGCCAGGAACACCAGCAAGAGCAGCAGCAGCAGCACGUGGCGCAGCAGAGCCGCCGCGACAAGCUCCGGGUGCAGCAGGGCUUCGUGGACCCGGCCGCCGGGGGAGGAGCCCACGGCGGGCUGCUCCCGGCCCUCGACGGCGACGAGCACGGCGGCGCCAUGUACGACCACGCGGCGGCCGCCGGCGCCUCCAACAUGCUCGCCGAGAUGUUCAACUUCUCCGCUCACCAGACGCCGCCGUCCGCCACCGAGCUGCUCGCCAGCCAGAUGAACUCCGCCAACUACCGCUUCGGUUUCCGGCAGCCGCCCGGCGACGGCGGUUGGUUCGGGUCCGCCGGCGGGCGGGCUGGUGGUUUGGGCCUCGGUGGGCCGGCCCACUUAGGCUCGUUAGGUGAGACGUCGUCCUCGCCCAAGCAUCAACAGCAAGCAGCAGGUGCGACCAUGGCGGGCCUCGCGGCCACGGACCCGGCCGCCGCGAUGCAGCUGUUCCUGAUGAACCCUCAGCAACAGCAGCAGUCGCGGUCAUCGCCGACGUCACCCCCGCCGUCCGACGCGCAAUCCGCCAUCCAACACCACGAAGCGUUCCAGGCGUUCGGUGCGAGUAAUUCGUACGGGACCGGCAGCGGCGUGGUGGAAGGCCACGGCGGCCAGGGCCUCUCGCUCUCGCUCUCGCCGUCCCUGCAGCAGCUGGAGAUGGCGAAGCAGCAGGCCGAGGAGCUUCGAGUUCGGGACGGCGUGCUCUACUUCAACCGCCAGCAACAACAACAACAACAGCAAGUACAAGUACAACAGCUGCCGAUGGCAUUGCACGGCGGCCAGGUCGGCGCCUCGCUGGCAGUGGCCGGGCAGCAGCUGCACGUCGGCUACGGCCCGGGCCCUGCCGGCGUGGCCGGCGUGCUGCGGAACUCCAAGUACACACGAGCGGCGCAGGAGCUCCUGGACGAGUUCUGCAGCGUGGGCCGCGGCGGGCAGACGAUCAAGGCGGCCGGGCGCGCCGGCGCCGGUGCAUCGAACCCUAACGCCAGCAAGGGCGGCGGAGGCGCGUCCAGCUCCGGCGCCGGCGCCCAGUCGCCGUCGUCGGCGUCCAAGAUGGAGCCCCCGCAGCUCUCCCCCGCCGACCGCUUCGAGCACCAGCGCAAGAAGGCCAAGCUCAUCUCCAUGCUCGACGAGGUGGACCGGAGGUACAACCACUACUGCGACCAGAUGCAGAUGGUGGUGAACUUCUUCGACUCGGUGAUGGGGUUCGGCGCGGCGACGCCGUACACGGCGCUGGCGCAGAAGGCCAUGUCGCGGCACUUCCGGUGCCUCAAGGACGCCAUCGCGUCGCAGCUGCGGCACACGUGCGAGCUGCUGGGGGAGAAGGACGCCGGCACGAGCUCCGGGCUCACCAAGGGCGAGACGCCGCGGCUCAGGGCCAUCGACCAGAGCCUCCGGCAGCAGCGCGCCUUCCACCACAUGGGCAUGAUGGAGCAGGAGGCCUGGCGGCCCCAGCGCGGCCUCCCCGAGCGUUCCGUCAGCAUCCUCCGCUCCUGGCUCUUCGAGCACUUCCUCCACCCGUACCCGAGCGACGCCGAUAAGCACCUGUUGGCGAGGCAGACGGGGCUGUCCAGGAACCAGGUCUCGAAUUGGUUCAUCAACGCCCGCGUCCGGCUGUGGAAGCCCAUGAUCGAGGAGAUGUACCAGCAGGAGACCAAAGAGCUCGAGGGCUCCUCCGCACCCGAGUCCGGCAACAACGACCCCUCCGGCGCCGGCGCCGCAGACGAAAUGCACUCUCCGACCACGCAGCCUCAAGGAAUGCUAAUGCAGCACGGCGCCGGAAGCAGGUACGGGCAACACCAGCAGCAAGAACAUCAACACGGGAUGGCGAUGUUGUCGGGCGUCCAUCCCCACAAGCUCGACCCCGGCGCGGUGGCGGGGCCCAGCAGCUCGGACGCCGCCGCCUUCGUGGGCCUCGACCCGGCGGAGCUCCUCGCCGGCGGCGACGUCGUCGGUGGGCCGGGCGACGACUUGUACGGGAGGUUCGAGGCGGCCGGGGUCAGGAUGCGGUACGGGCCCGGGCCUGGGCCUGGGCCCGGCGCCGCGACCUCCGGCGCGGCCGCCGGUGACGUGUCGCUUACGCUGGGCCUGCAGCACGCCGGCCCGGGCAAUGCCGGCCCGGACGGCAGCGGCCGGUUCUCCUUGAGAGACUACAGUGGUUGUUGAUGCCGGUCUCGGCCUUGCUAGUUGCUACACACAUAUCUUGAUUUAUCAUUCAUGGCCGGCUCAUGCAUGCAUUGCAUUUGGAGACUAGGAAGAGGGAGAUCAAAGGCAGCGGCGUGAGGAGCUAGAGAGAUCGAGAUCUAGGGAGAUAUAUUUGCAUGGUGGCCGGCCGGAGGUGAUAUGCAUGCAUGCGCAUGGGAGUGGGAAAUAUUAAUAUGAGACAAAUCGGAGCUUCAUCAUCUUCAUUUUCUUCUUCUUCUUCUUCCCAGAUGAUUCUUAAUUUAGCUAGAUUAAUUCCUUUUGUUAGGCAUUCUCUAUUGUUUGGGGGGCUAAGGAAAAUCUGUAUACAGGAUAAGAAAGAUAGGAAGUGUAUUGUUAUAGAUUGUUUAGCCAUACUUUUUUGUUCUCCCUGUUGUUCUGUUCCAUGUUUUUUUUUGUCUUUUGUCCGUUUUAGUCUUGGUGCAUGUACCUAUUCUUUUUUUUUCAUCUGUAACUAAACAUAAGAGAAACAUACAUACAUAAAUGCAUAUAUUGGUAAAUAUUGGGGCAUA